AUGGGAGUCAGCGACUACAACUCCACGUUCUAUGUGAACUUCCAGGACAACCGAGUCCCCAGCAAGCUCGACUCCCGGGUGAAAGAGCUCAAAAGCAUGCUGAACUAUACUCAUCAAUGGUUGGACAUUUGGGCGGGUAAGAACACCGAUGACCAGAUCAAGCAAGGAAACCUGUCUGGCAGCUCAGACAUUGAUGCCCAGACGGAGCGCAACAAUUACCGUCACAAGGUCAUUGAUGUUCUCGUCGGCAAGGCUGCGUGGAUGAUGGAAUCCAACACCGACACGAAGAGUUUCGGCAUCGAGAUUAAGAAGGAGAACUUCCACUUCGAGAUCCUCAAAGCCAUGCUUUCCGGGAUUGCCCAGCCGCAGAGUUUACUGCAGGACAUUGAGAAUGCUCUACAGAGCAUUGCGGAUACCAUCAAGGAAUCGAAAUCCGUCAAGCAAAGCCAGUCGAUGUACAGCUUGAACCAUGUCAUUUUCUAUGACUCGGCGGCGGACGAUGUCACUGCCUCCUUCCGCACGGUGUGGUAUUCCAUUGAUGAAUCGAUGAAAACCGUGGUUUCGAACAAGUCGUCCACUCAGGAGGUUAAUGUGACGUUCGAGUUUGCGGCCCGGGACUUUACUUUCAACGAGGAAACCUGGCAAUCCCAGAAGGAGGCUGUGGUCAAAUUUGUUGAGGAUGCAGCUGCAGCGAACAUCAAUGACCCCUUGGAUGGUGGUGAGAUUUUGCCUGAUGCAUGA